UUUACUCUCUUACCGCCGGCUCGGAGGCUGUUUGUACACAGAAGGGGAGAUAUAUACAUAUUUAAAAGAUCAGCGAGCGGGCGAGCUAACCAUGGAGGAGCUAACGGCGUUCGUCUCUAAAUCUUUCGAGCAAAAAAACAAGGAUAAGAAAGAGGCGAUCACGUAUCGGGAAGUUCUGGAGAGCGGGCUAGCUCGAUCCAGGGAACUGAGUGGCUCAGAUUCCAGCUGCCAAGAGAUCACUGACACCAGCCAUUGCACAACACACGUUUACAAGGAUGUGGACAACGAGAACGAGAAAGUAAAAGACUUGAACUCCGCCAGAACUUCUGAAGGUAUUUAUGAAUGUAAAGAGAAGAGAGAGGAUGUGAAAUCGGAAGACGAGGACGGCCAGACAAAGUUAAAGCAGAGGAGGAGCCGGACCAACUUCACACUGGAACAGUUGAAUGAACUGGAGAGACUUUUCGAUGAGACGCACUAUCCGGACGCCUUUAUGAGAGAGGAAUUGAGUCAGAGACUAGGGCUGUCCGAAGCUAGGGUACAGGUCUGGUUCCAGAACAGGCGAGCAAAAUGUCGGAAACAAGAAAAUCAAAUGCAUAAAGGAGUAAUAUUAGGAACGGGAAGCCAUUUAGACGCGUGCCGUGUUGCUCCAUACGUGAACAUGGGAGCAUUGCGGAUGCCUUUCCAACAGGUUCAGGCGCAGUUGCAGCUGGACGGCGUAGCGCACGCGCACUCGCACCUCCACCACCACCUGGCGGCGCAUGCUCCGUACCUGAUGUUCCCGCCGCCUCCGUUCGGGCUGCAGAUCGCCUCGAUCGCCGAGUCCGCCUCGGCCGCCGCCGCUGCCGCCGCCGCCGCCGCCGUCAAGACCAGCAGCAAGAACUCGAGCAUCGCCGACCUGAGGCUCAAAGCCCGCAAGCACGCCGAGGCGCUGGGCCUCUGACAAUCAGCCGGGCCGGGGCCCCCGGAGUCCCGCCAGCACCACCCCCAGUGCCCGGCUGGGGCGCGGUGCCAAAGCUGCCAACUGCAGAGGCUCCUGCAGCAGUACCACCAGCUCCACUACAUGAUGCACAGCCCGGACGCCGCCAGUGGCAGCAGCACCGUGCCAGGCUUUCCAGAGCAUUUCUAAAACACACACACAAAAGAAGGCAAGAAAAUAAAACACACACACACACACACACACAAGCCCUCCAUCACUCCCUCACCCACCCAACGUCAAUCCUCAACUCCACCUCAACACAGUGGCAAACAGGGUGAUACCCCACUCUACCGUCUAAAUCAGAAAGAGCCUUGCAACAAGAAGAACCCCCACGCGGCUGGCACCAGAGGGGAGAAUUAACUUGCAAUUGGGGCAAAGCCCAAACUGGCAGUUGUGCAACUCAUUCUCGCACAUGCACACACGUUUCUGCAUAAGCCAAUAUCGGUGCUGUCCCCUCUGUGUGCACAGAUAGACUAAAAUCCCCGCGAGAUUUGCUGACAGAUGGCCAACCUGUUUGGGGGAAAGCAAGAGAAGACUUGACCCUGGCCCGAGGCAUGAAGAUUUCCCUCAUCAACCUGUCCAGAAACGUUCAGACACUCCUCUGCAGUAGCUGCGACUUGAGCCCAUGUCUCCCAGCUCAAAGGUAGGGACACUGCCAGUGUGAGCUCCCUGGCUCGCGGUUGAAGACUUGCCAUUCCUGCUCCUCCACUCGGUGGGCUUCAGAUUUCAAUGCCCUCACCCCUCCAUCCCCUCAUUCCCUGAUGGAAACUGAUCAACAGUAAAGGUCAGUAGGAUGACGCCAAGAUAACCUGUCUGGGGCUGGCCUCCAUUUCAAUACCACGUUCUUCUCUCUUUAUUUCUCUCUCUCUCUUUCUCUCUCGGUCUCCAUUAGAUAUGAAUAAAACUGAAUGCAGACCUCAAUGCACAGCUUAUCAGAAGGUGGCAGAUAAAACUCUUUCAAGUGCUGAUGGACUACAUAACAGAAAACACAUUUACGAACAAAUGCAACUUCUGUGGACUUCAUUAUGGAUGCGGAAUUCUGUAAUUGUGUGCCCGAUACUUAAAAUAACAGAAGACUUAACUGGGUUAAUUUCGUUUCUGGAGACACUUUUAUGUAGGAAACAGCAAUAAAUGAACUCGACAACCCCCACUCCCAACCCCUUCCUUUGAUGGACUCGAAAUUACCUGAAAAAAUUUUGAUUCGAUUUCUGGAUACCUGUUUUCAGACGACCGUUUCUUGUUCCAGUCACUUUGUAAUGUGGAACAAUAUACAUACGUACACACACGCAGAUUAAAACAAUGACAAGCGACUCAGACCGGGACCUUUCAACCGAUUUUUAAACAUUGUUUACAGCAAAGUGGAGGGAACGAACGGAGGAAGAUGAACGAAGGAUAAACAUCCUGGUGGAUUGCUAAAUGAAAUUAAUAACAACAAAAAAAGCCCUGUCUGAAGUAACGGGUACAGUGUAGGUUUAGACUCUGUCGUUGUUGGGAUUUGAUGGUAGAGGAUACAAUCUACAGUAUUUCCAUGUUACAGUGAAACAGUCUUGGAGUUACGGUGCGAUGCAGUUAAAGGUGCAGUAAAGUGCAAUACUAUAAAUAGCAGAAGUAGUUGUCUCGUAGGAACUAGAGAAAGGGCAACUAUCUCGUCCUUAUGGACACAAGGAACUGGCGAGUUGCCCAUAUCAUCGCCAAAUUCACUAUCAGAGCCAAAUGCGUACCUUUACAGGACAAUGGAAGGACCUUAGUGGAAAUUUUUAAUUGGGGUGGGCGGGG